AUGGAGGCGGCGGCCAACGGGGCCUUGCCCGAGGGAGCGGCGGGGGGUUCCCGCGGCAGCGCGGCCGCCCCCUCGGGCAAGAAGGAGGUGAAGGUCGUGAUCGUGGGGGACGGCGGCUGCGGGAAGACGUCGCUGCUGAUGGUGUACGCCAAGGGCACUUUCCCCGAGGAAUACGCGCCGUCCGUCUUCGAGAAAUAUACUACCAGCGUGACGGUGGGCAAAAAGGAGGUCACCCUGAAUUUGUACGAUACCGCAGGGCAGGAGGACUACGAUCGGCUACGACCGCUUUCUUACCAGAACACAAACGUCGUGUUAAUUUGUUACGAUGUCAUGAACCCCACUAGCUAUGAUAAUGUAGCAGCUAAGUGGUAUCCUGAAGUGAAUCACUUCUGCAGAGGUGUCCCGCUCGUACUGAUCGGCUGCAAGACAGACCUUCGGAAAGACAAAGAACAGUUGCGCAAGCUCAGGGCUUCUAAGCAGGAACCCAUUACUUACAACCAGGGUGAAGCAGUUUGUCAGCAGAUUAAUGCAGAAGUUUAUCUGGAAUGCUCAGCAAAAUGUCGUGAAAACAUAGAAAACGUUUUUAAAGAAGCAACAACCAUUGCACUGAAUGCCAUGAAAAAAGCCAAGCGCCAAAAGAAACGGACAGUGUGCUCAGUGUUAUGAUCUGGACUGCAAGAGAGCAUUGACUGCACGAGAGCCAAGCGAUUCAGAUUUUAAAAACAGUAUAACUUUAAAGACCUUUUUUUUCAUUACAUGUUUGUAUUCCUAGAACAAUUUUUAUUUUAAAAUUUUAAUUAUUUUUAUUAUUUUUGCACUUCUGUUGCACUGCUCUCACAAAGUUUUCAAAGCUCGUUGUCGAGGCUGACUGAUGCUGCAUGCCUUUGUCCAUCUGCCUUUUGCUCCUAACUGCAAACGACCACCAGUCAGGUCUCGGACUCACCAUUUAAAUUGCAAUGAACAGCGACUGCUACUAUAUGACUUAAUUAGUCAUUCUUUUUCCUCUGCAAAAUAAUUGUGGCACGUUAUAGCUACAAUUUACUGUCUUUUUCAAGCAGAGAAGCCGAAAAGCCACAUCUUUUAGAAGACAUGACGUUAGAGCAGCUUAUCAGGCACCUUUGAAGAGACAGAUAUGAAGUUCUCUCUUAACGUUUUCAAAUUAAUUUACUUGGUGGCAGUGGUACGAGUUAGCCUCAAGCUGCCCCCAGAGCGCGCAGACGGAGCAUCCACUACUGCCCUGGUACCACUGGGCCAGCUUUGCAGAGCUGCACCUUUAGAGGUCUCCUUGCAAGGCCUGCUGCUGUCAUGGAAAGUGGUAUUUAUCAACAGAAAUACAUCAGUCGCUCCAAUUCAGAAAUGGAGUAUCAUGGAAAAUAUUUAAUUUACAGCACUCGGAGUACUCCAAGCAGCUACUAUGUAUAAAGUCAGUUUUACAAUAAACUUAUAUAGCUUAUUUAACAUGACAGAUGCAAAUAUUGGUGCAUGCUAGGGGAAAUACUUAACUCAUGUUCGUUAACUGAUUAAAUCAUCU